GUAUCAAAAUUUGUCUAUACUUUAGGAGUAACGCGGCGACACUUAAGCUUUUGGUGAAUCGUCACAUAUAUAAGACCCCCAAUACUGCAGUGUUUUUACAUAGUUUCAAAAUGCGGGCGAUCAUUCUAAGCGUUCUACUUGUGAGUUGCUAUGCUUUACCAAAGCAUGAAAGGAAGUUCCCAGAUGACUUCCUAUUUGGAACCGCUACAGCAUCGUACCAAAUAGAGGGAGGAUGGAAUGCUGAUGGUAAAGGUGAAAAUAUUUGGGAUCGCAUGACUCACACCAGACCAGAAGUAAUACGCGAUCUAUCUAAUGGCGACGAAGCCGCUGACUCCUACAACAAUUACAAACGCGACGUUGAAAUGAUGAGAGAACUCGGCUUAGAUGCCUAUAGAUUCUCCCUGUCCUGGGCUAGAAUCCUUCCUAACGGUAUAGCUAAUGAAGUCAAUAAGCCAGGAGUUGAGUUUUACAACAACUACAUCAACGAAAUGCUUAAAUAUAAUAUUACGCCCAUGGUAACUUUAUACCACUGGGAUUUGCCCCAAAAGCUUCAAGAUUUGGGUGGUUUCACAAGCCCCCUAUUUCCCGAGUGGUUUGAGGAUUACGCAAGAGUUGUUUUUGACAGCUUUGGUGACCGAGUGAAGCAUUGGAUUACUUUCAACGAGCCUAGAGAGAUAUGUUACGAAGGUUACGGUUCAACCACAAAAGCUCCUAUUCUAAAUGCCACGGACGUAGGCAUCUACCUUUGCGCUAAGCACUUGGUUCUCGGCCAUGCUAGAGCGUACCACGCGUACGAUAAAGAUUUUCGUGCAUCCCAAGGUGGAACCUGUGGUAUUACAAUAAGCGUCAAUUGGUUUGGUCCUUUGACUGAUUCCGACGAGGAUCAUUUAGCUGCUGAGAUAAGAAGGCAGGCGGAGUGGGGCCUAUACGCUGAGCCUAUAUUUUCGGAAGAGGGUGGAUUCCCCAAAGAGUUAUCUGAUAAAGUAGCACAAAACAGCAAGGAACAGGGCUACCCUAGGUCCCGAAUGCCCGAAUUCACUGAGGACGAAAAGGAAUUUAUUCGUGGAGCAUCUGAUUUCUUCGGAGUCAACCAUUAUACGGCUUAUUUAAUAUCGGGCGAUGAACAGUAUAAGACUUGGUAUCCUAAACCAUCUUUGUAUGAUGAUGCUGAUGUUGGUAGCUAUACCCCCCCAGAAUGGCCGCAAUCAGCGUCAGUUUGGUUAAAGCAAGCACCGAACAGCAUUUACAAUGCACUUACUCAUAUCAGUGAAAAAUAUAACUACCCACUUAUUUACAUCACUGAAAAUGGCUGGUCGAGUCAUCCCGACUCAGGGUUGGAGGAUGACGACAGAAUUACUUAUUACAGAGCUGCUUUGAAUAAUGUGCUGGAUACCAUAGAAGCUGGUGUCAACCUUAAGGGCUAUAUGGCGUGGAGUUUAAUGGAUAACUUCGAAUGGAUGGAAGGAUUUCUAGAACGUUUUGGCUUAUAUCACGUCGACUUCGAAAGUGCAGAAAAAGUACGUACGCCUAGAAAAUCAGCUUUCGUAUACAAAGAGAUUAUUAGAAGUCGCAUGAUUGACCCCAACUACGAACCUCCAUCCAGAACUAUGUGGAUCGAUGAAGGACAUUAAUUUAUAUAACUGCAAAAUUGCAGCAAUUUUUCUUCUGA